AUGAUCGGUCAGAAAUUGGUUUUACGUUUUACACCAAAGAACUUUGCUUUAUUGCUUUCAGUUCCAGUAUUAGGUGGUCUUGCUUACACCUUAUCCAAAAACAGAUUUAAUUCUGUGGCAGAUGAUAGCUUUGAUUUCGCAGAUUCUCGCGAUAUCGAUGCUCUGCGUAUGGAAUGGAAGAAACGCAAUAAUGGUUUUGGACUAAGAGAUGUUAAUCGAUCUUGUGGUGGGAGUGGUGUCGCAAGAGCUUUUAAUGAAGAAUGGAUUCGUGUGGAUGGAAAGGAACGUGGAAGAUUAUUAAAUAAACUUGCUAGUUUAAUUGAAGCGAUGCUAAUUAAUUAG